GCGCGUUCCCGUCCCUCGUCAGGCCGCACCUCAGGCGUUCCCGCUUCGGCUCCCCGCCUCACUGUCCAAACACAGAAACUAAAGUCGGUCCCCAUUCCUUACGCGUGGCCUACUCGCUCUCGCUGCCCGCGGGAGAGCCGCCGGCCGUAAAGCACGGUGCCGACUGCUGAAAAGCGCUUGCGACGGACAGAGCCUGGGACCAAAGCACGGCCGCAGCCGCUCCCGCCUUCACGUCAAACGCUAGAGUUUGAGGAGCCGAGCUGGGUGGCCGCCUGUCCGCUUCCCUUCCUCGCUCGGCCUCGGCCUCUCGAAGGAGGUGCUGAGGCGCGGCGGCCUUUCCGGGCGGGCCCCUGAGGCGCCUUCCGGCCGCCCUCAUCCCGACGUGCACCGCGGCGGCGGCGGCGGCCGAGCAGCGGCCAUGUUGCCGUAGUUUGUUGUUUUCCUGCGGAGGAGCGGACCGAGCGGCCGGGACCCGCUGCCUCGCUCGCCGCGUCCCCCGUCUUGGCCCGCCGCCCGCUGCCCCCCAGCUGGCGCGGCGCGGCGCGGCUGCAGCCGGGCGGAGCAGCAGCAUGGCGGCCGCUCUAGGAGCGGGCGGAGGAGCCGGCGCCGCAGACGAUGACUUCGACCAGUUUGACAAGCCCGGAGCAGAGCGGUCCUGGAGGAGGAGGGCUGCGGACGAGGACUGGGACAGUGAACUUGAAGACGACUUACUCGGAGAAGAUUUGCUCUCUGGGAAAAAGAACCAGUCUGAUUUGUCAGAUGAAGAGCUGAAUGAUGAUCUUUUACAGAGUGAUAAUGAAGACGAAGAAAAUUUCAGCUCUCAGGGCGUCACAGUCAGUCUGAAAGCCACGUCUGGCAUGGUCACGUCCUACGAGCUGUCUGACAGCACGCAUGACCAGUCUGGAGAGCAGGAAUCCGAGUACGAGCAAGGGGAGGAGGACCUGGGCUACCCUAAGUCCGAUGGGUCUGCACUGUACGCUCACGAGUACCCGGAGGAGGGCCAGUACGACGGCCAGGAGGCCGAGCUGGCCGAAGACCACAUGGAGUACGUGGAGGAGCCGGAGGAGGGGCAGCUGUACAAUGACGAGGUGCUGGACAUCGAGAUCCACGAGCCUCUCGACGAGUUCCCGGGGGGCAUGGAGACUUUGGAACUGCAGAAGGAAAUAAAAGAAGAGUCAGAUGAAGAAGAUGAUGAGGAUGAAGAAUCUGGACGAUUACGUUUCAAAACUGAAAGGAAAGAAGGAACAAUCAUUAGGCUCUCAGAUGUAACUCGAGAGAGAAGGAACAUUCCAGAAACUUUAGAGCUCUCAGCGGAGGCCAAAGCUGCACUGCUUGAGUUUGAAGAAAGAGAGCGCCAGCACAAGCAGGGCCGCUACGGCUCUCGGCGGGGUGGACGGAGAGGUGGCACCCUGAUGUGCCGUGGCGUGGGGGACCAGCGGAGAGAGAGCAGCGAGCGGGGCCGCGUGAAGGACCACCGCCCUGCGCUGCUUCCCACACAGCCUCCUGUUGUGACGCACUCUCCAAGACUAAUUCCUCCUGCACAGCCUCAGCCUCCGCCACCUCCACCCCCGCCCCAGCAGCAGCCCAUCCGGAGCCUCUUCCAGCAGCAGCCCCUGCAGCCGCUGCUGCCCCUGCAGCCCCCACACCACCCCUCACCGCCGCAGGGGAUGCACGUACCACCUCAGAUGGAGGCCCCCAGGGUGAUGAUGACCCCUCCGCCUGUGACGCCUCAGCAGCCUAAGAACAUCCACAUAAACCCCCACUUCAAAGGGGCAGUGGUGACACCUGUCCAAGUGCCCUUGCUGCCCGUGCCGAGCCAGCCGAGACCUGCUGUGGGACCCCAGCGAUUCCCGGGCCCUCCGGAGUUCCCGCAGCAUACCCCUGGACCUGUUCCCAGCAACUUCAGCCAGCCCCCUCGGCUCCCUCUUCAAGACCAGUGGAGAGCGCCACCCCCACCCCAGGAGCGAGACCCCUUCUUCUUAGGAGUUUCAGGUGACCCUCGCUUCCCGAGUCAUCUCUUUCUGGAGCAGCGAAGCCCCCCGCCGCCACCGCCCCCUCCCACACUUCUCGGCAACAGUCACCCUGUGGCCGCGCCCAGUCCUUUACCAUUCCCUCAGCCCGGACCAGCGUUCAGUCAGCAGGGACAGCAGCCUGUGUUCCCCCGAGACCGGCCUGUGAGGCCCACCCUGCAGCCACCAGGUCCCGUGGGCCUUCUUCACUUCAGCCAGCCCGGGUCCGCGGCCACGCGGCCUUUCAUUCCCCCUCGGCAGCCCUUCCUGCCGGGCCCUGGGCAGCCGUUCCUGCCCGCCCAUGCCCAGCCUACCAUGCAGGGACCCCUGCAUCCCCCGCUCCCCCCUCCACACCAGCCCCCACCACAGCCCCAGCAGCAGCCCCCGCUACAGCCGCCCCCCCAGCACCCGCCGCCCCCCCAGCCGCAGCAUCAGCCUCCUCACCAGCCGCAGCCGCACCAGCACCACCACCACCUGUCCGUGCCCCCUCCUCCGCUGAUGCCCGUGGCGCAGCCCCAGUUCAGGCCUCACGUGCAGACGGCACCGCCCCAGCAGAACAGCGGUCGGACGCAGUGCCCCCAGCGCCAGGGGCUGCGGCAUAACACGACGUCUCAGAACGUCACCAAACGGCCAUUGCAGCAGCUGCAGCCAACUGCUCCCAGAAACAGCAACCUGCGUGAGUUACCCAUAGCGCCCUCACACGUCAUGGAGAUGAGCAGUAGCCGAUGCGCCGCCACGCCUGCCUCUCACGGAAAGCCGACCAGUAGCACGCCGCCACCCACGAGGCCCGGGCCGGGGCCCAGGAACACCCAGGGGAAGACGGACUCGAAGGUCAAGCCUGGAAGCCCUGGGGGACAACCUAAGGAAGAAGCAAAAGCGGAGCUGGAGUUCCCUGAGGAAGAUGAAGAAACGAGGCUGUACCGCUUAAAGAUCGAGGAGCAGAAGCGCCUGCGGGAGGAGAUCCUGAAGCAGAAGGAGCUGCGCCGGCAGCAGCAGGCCGGGGCCAGGAAGAAGGAGCUGUUGGAGAGGCUGGCGCAGCAGCAGCAACUCUGCACCUCCAUGGCCCCUCCAGAGCGGGAGGAGCAGCCAGCAGCACCAUCCCCAUUGCCCACCAAUGGGAACCCCUUGCUGCCCUUCCCUGGUGCUCAGGUCCGGCAGAGUGUGAAAAACAGACUUCUUGUGAAGAGCCAGGAUGCCGCUCCUUCAAACCUUCAGCCCAAAACGCCCAACUUCGUGCCGUCUGGUGCUAGCAUGCCGUACCCGGGACAGGCCGUGAAACCACUGAAGCACUUGAGACACAAAGUCCUGCAGGUACAGCCUGCGGACGGGGACGCGCCGCCCCCAGCACAGACUGCCCGAGGGCCGGCCCUCCAGAGUCGGCCCCCGGACACCAAGCCCAGCGCCAAGAGGACUGUCAUGCACCGGGCCAACAGCGGUGGCGGAGACGGGCCGCACAUCAGCUCCAAAGUCAGGGUGAUUAAGUUGCCAGGCGGGCAGGGAGGAGAGAGCGAUGGCUUUUUUCACCCGGACGGCCAGCCCCAGAGGCCCCCCCAGCCCCCAGAAGUGAGACAGCAGCCUGCCCGAAAGGUGACGCUGACCAAGGGGGCCCUCCCGCAGCCGCAGCACCUGCCAGGCGGGGCCCACGUGCACUCAGCUGGCCCUCCGGGCAUCAGGAGCAUCCAGGGGAUCCACCCGGCCAAGAAGGUCCUCAUGCACGGGAGAGGCCGGGGAGCGGCAGGGCCGAUGGGCCGCGGGCGCCCGAUGCCCAACAAGCAGAACCUGCGGGUGGUGGAGUGCAAGCCGCAGCCCUGCGUCGUGUCCGUGGAAGGCCUGUCGUCCUCCACCACCGACGCCCAGCUGCGGGGCCUGCUCACGUCGGUGGGGCCCAUCCAGAGUUUACAGAUGCUUCCCCAGCAACGGAAAGCCAUCGCUAAGUUUAAGGAGCCAGCCCACGCUCUAGCGUUCCAGCAGAAGUUCCACAGGCACAUGAUAGAUCUGUCCCACAUAAACGUGGCCCUGAUUGUCGAGUGAUUCCUGGCAGGGAGACCGGCCUCACACCGCACACACAAGCUGAGGAAUUUCUUCAAGGGAGCUGCCAGCGCCCGUCGCGCCUGCCACAGUCUCCACCCAGCCCUGCGGACCGUCCGGAGCGCUGGGCGGCCCAGUGUUGAUUCUGGGGGAGCCGGACUUGUGGGACAUGGCAGACUGCAGUUUGGUGUUAGAUGGCUUCAGAUUCUGUUGUCACCUCCGAGAACUCUGGUCCUUGUUUUCUUUUGUUUUCGAAGUGCUCACGAUGCAUGUGGACGUUGUUCUUCGUGACCUCACUGUCUGACCGACCGAGCGCUCCCCGUGACUCAGGGUCAGGGAGGGACGUUAGCGGCAGGUUCUCCGUACUUUUCACAGCAAAGAACACUUGAUAAUGGUUGCACUUAUCUUCAGUGCAGGCUAGGCCGGUUGUCUUUUCUGGAAGUCCCCGGAGGCUCUCGGACUGUAGGCAGAAACACUGGUGGCUGUGACUACAGCUGCAUGUCCUGGAAAGCAGUGGGGGGGGGGGUGCCGUGUGUGGCUCAGUCUGUUCUUGUGAAGGGUCUGAGCGUGCCAGCUCCACAUUCUGAGUUCCUAAGGGGACUGCCUGCCCCAUUUAAUUUCCCAAAUAAGGCGAGGACCCGGUGGUCACUGUCGUGCUGCCCUGGGUGCAGAGGAGCUGUGUGUGGUGCUCUGGCCGAGGCCCUCAGGGCGUCCACUGCCCAGUGGGAGGCACCGUGCACCUGCCGGGCAGGGGGGCAGCCCAGAGCCUGUCCAGACCUGGGUGGUGGUUUUCUCUUUUCCUGAAUGCAGCACAAAGUGGCAGGACCCCGACACUGGCUCUUGGCUUGCCCCGUUCUCUGGGGAGCAGGUUAUUGCUUUGAUUAACCUUUCUUCUCCUCCUCAUCUUUCUUCUUCUUUUUCGAAGGCCUUCUGAGCAGGUGGGGCACCGUACUCCAGUAGACCUGAGAGCAGGGUGGCCCUGACCUUGGCACAGCUCUGUCCGUGGCGUGUGCUGUGAGGGGGCUGUGUCGCAGGGACGGUGAGACUCUGGGUGAGGUUGGCAUGUCCCCGGUGACCCUGCCUGGGCGACUCUGCAGAGGGCCCCUUUAGCGGGACCCGCCUUCCCUUUAGGAAGCUGCAGUCCAGGCCAGCGCUGAUGAAGUGCCUUCCUGUGCCUCUGCCUGCGGGCGGGGGGGUGGGGUGGGGUGGUGUCCCUGAGCUUUGGAGCCUCGGUCUAGGGCAGACCCAGACUUCUUCUCUGUGCUUCAUACCUGGGAAGCCGUAUUGGAGUUACCCAUAGAGUCAGCGGAAGUAGAAGCUUGUUGCCACUGGCCGUCCUCGGUCAGCCCAGUGCGGACCCACGUGGGGAUCCGGGGGCCUGUGUGGCCGGGCCCCUGCGGGGUGGAGGGCACCAGACCCGGGUUGUGGGAGUUAGUGCCGUCCUGUUUGCACAGUUGAUGUGUUAUUUUACUUUUUCAAAGUAAGUGGCCAGCACUGGAGGGGAGUCCCCAGACCCUGUGAGACCCUGUGUUGCCUUUGUUCUCAGGUGGCAUUGUGUGCUGAGAGCAAGCCUGGGCCGUAGGGGUGCCGGCCAUUCCUAGGAGACGUCAGUGCAGCAAAGUGUAGGCCUUAUAGGGUCCCCUGGACAGCCCUUGGCUCAGGCACCUGCUACUCUCACUCCAGAGGGCCCAGGCCGGCCUGUGCCCAGGGGCUCCAUGGGGUUUCCCAUGCAGCGGUCCCCUGUGCCUGUCAGCCGGUGACACAGGCUCACUGCACCCUCUCCACAAGUAGCUGCAGAUGCGUUCGUGCAUAAACGCCUAGUGGAGUUAGCUCAGCCCACAGGGAGCUGUGUGGAGGUGGGGAGUGGCUGGAGCUCUAGUUCAGAGCGACCCAGACCCCUUCCCCACGCUGGGCGCCAGCAGGGGCUCGCAGUCAGUGGGAUCUGUGCUGAGGAUGUGUGGGGCACUAGCGUGAGCUGAGCCAGCUGUGGCCACUCUCUGAAGUAGUCUGAGCGUGUCGUGGCGUGGGGACCAGAGUCACACGCACUCCAUGAAGGGCAGGCACAGAAGCCGCUCAGUCGGUGACCGUGAGCAUGUUCCAGUGGGCACCUCACUCUGGGUCGGCUUCUCUUGACACGCGGUCCCUGCAGUGUGGACCCUGAGGUGCAGUGGGUUUUUCCUAGAGCACCGGUGGGCAUGGGUCCAUUCGGGUCCCUGCUGCUCCGUGCCCACCGCCUCUCGGCACACCCGCAGCGCUGCCAGGCCUGGGGGCACAGCUGCGUUUCCUGGGAGGAAACUGCAGAGGAGAGAAGAGUUAGAAAGUCAGGACCCAUCCGCUCCUGGUGCGCUUCCCUCGGGGAAGUUGGGCACCGGAGCCGAGCCCUCUUGGAAGAUCUGCUGCAACCAUUAUCUCUGUUCUUUCUCUCUCACGCGCGUAAGCGUGUGGGCGGGUCGCGGGGCGUCCGCGGACUGUGUACAUACGGACCUUUCAACAUCCACGUGUGACUGGAUGUGCUUUCAGCUCAGCCACACCUUAGCUGUUCGCUAGUUCUUUUGUGUUGUCUCACGGAAGUUCAAUGGAUACAGUUCCGUAAGUGUUGAUGUGUUCGUGUGUGUAUUCGAUUUUUAUAAAGAUGGGAGUAAGUCAAUACAUUUAUCCUGACCUGUGUAUUAUUUGUUCACAAACUCAAGAAGCUUAAAGCCAGUAACUAUCAGUGUAUCUCGCACGGUAAAUGCUGCAGGCGAUUUGUGGAGCCAAGAGGUACUUUCCUCUCGAGUUGCCUUGUUUGAGUUUGUGCUGUAAUGAGUUCACCCAGCUCCCUGGGCAUAACCUUGCGGUUCUGUUGGUCUGGCCACCUUUGUUCAAUCCUUAUACCAGUAUGCUUUUAAAGGAGAAAUCUUGUCUCUCUUUCCAGAGGAAAUGUUGAGGGUCCCCGUUCCUGAACAGGCAGCAUCCAGUAGGUGCCUGUGGCCUUGGCCCUGGGGCGGGAGGGGUGGGCUUCUUCCGAAGUAUUUUCCAUCCGGGGUGACCUUCCAUGAUUUGUAAAGGUCCUGAGAAACGACUGUUCACGCUUGGUUCUGUAGUGUUUCUGAACUGUGGCAGCAUAGACCCUGCACCCAGGGGUCCUUUCUUCCAACAGCAAAAAUGCUUAAUUCUGCCAACAGAAGAUUCUGUUGCUGGGAAGAGCUGGGAGCCAGGGAUGGCGAAGGGGCAGGAGGAAGGGCCGCGGGGAGGACAGACUCUCAGAGUGGAGCAGUGUUCGCCCUAGACCGUCUCCUCGCGCACCCACUCGGGAGCAGGCAGGAGUGGGGAGCGCCUGCUGGACCGCUCCCGCUGCGGGGCGUGCGGGUGGGCGGUGUCAGGGUUCCCGGGAGUGCCCGCCCGGCCCCGGUGGGGCAGUGAGGGAGCCCUGCUCAGGGAGCGCAUUUCCAGCAGCUGUCGCUUCUUCUCCUGUGUUCUCUCUGUUUCUCUUGUUUGUUGUGUUCCUUGUUUCUGUUUAAUCGAAGGUAAGCUCAGCGUGCCUGUCGACCAGCGGACUGACGAGGCUGUGAGGACAGUUAGGUUUGGAGUGAGGUCCGCGUGCUGGGGCGCCGGUCCCUGCCGGAGCGCCCUUCCUGGGUCAGGCUUAACGUCCCUCCCUGGUCCAGCCGCUGUUAGAUCUGCCUUUCCUGCCCUUUGUCAGGUAGAGCCCUCACCCCCACCUUUGAUUGUUUAUUUGGAGUCGGGGGAGGGAACACUUCAGUAUUGGGGGUUCUUUACAAACUUUUCAGUGACAGGCUCCAGCAGGGGGAUUCACAGACGGGCUUGGGGGUGACGGCGGGGGGGCCAGGAGACCCAGGAAGGCGGCCACACAGAUCCAGGGAGAGAGGCUGAGGCACUCCUAAAAUUUACUUAGGGAUCAUUUCAAGUAACCUUUUCACCUGUUCUUAAAAUUUGUGAAUGAAGUGUUAUUUUGGACACUUUUAAAUAACUUUACAAAGGCCUGUGGUCUUGGUUUACUACUGAAUCCUAAGGAUUUUUGUGUAAGGUUUUUUUGCAACCUGUUCAAUUUCCAUCCCUUCAAGGGCUGUGGUUCUGCGUCCUGGAACCACAGCCAAACCCACUGAUUCAUAUUGGAUCCCAGGUACACCUUCCGGUGGCGCGUGGCGGGCAGGGCCUGCCCUUCCCAGGGAGUGCGCACAGGCCUCGGCCCUCCCCGGUGCCGAGUUCCGGCGGGAAGCCCUCUCAGUGAGGCGGCAGGUCCUGGCCGUGAGGAGGGCUUUUUCCUUUGACUUGUAACCGACUAUCCUGUGCACAGGGCCUCGUGUCAGUGCUUUGCUCUCGUUUUAUUUCACUAAGUUUAAGAGGUUUGUAGAAAAAUGCAGUCCCUUUAAAGAAACGUGCAGUUUUAAAACUUUCACGUUGCAGAGCGGGCAGGCAAAUGCAGUUUCCGCACAUCGCAUAGUUAGUGCUGUCGUCCGCUCCGGAAGGCUGGCCUUGGCCUCUUUUCAGCUCGACUGUCUUGUAGCCUGCUCUCCAGUGGAAGGGCGCGCGCAGUGGACGCUGCGUGGGAAGGACGGAGCCGUUCCUUGCCUUGCGGCGGUCACUGGAGGGGCCGGAGCGCACACUGGCGACGGAAGAGCGGGCAGUCCUGCGGCUUUACCAUCUUUCUUUGCUUUCAACAGGUGCGGGCCCUGCGUGCUCUCCUCUCUGAGGACUCGAACGCCGAAGCUUUAAUUCCACUAUUUAAUUUCCAGGUUCAACAACACCGAAGCCCCAGGCCGGCUGCCUCCCCUAGACUCUUCUUGCACCACCCCCCUCACCCCUCCCUGCCCCCCCCCCCGCCCCCUUGGUGUGGACUCGCCCCUCUGCGCAGUGGCUUCAUACAGAACGGAGUGCCGUGCACUUCUCACUCCUGGAUCACCUCUCAGCUUUGCUUUGACAGGUCUGUCCCCUGCCUUGUCCCUCCAGGUCUGUGGUCGGAGAGAAUAACACUUGGGUUCUAUUACUUUGCAGUGCGACUCCGGCGGCCACGGCGGCAGCGGCACUAACCCCUCUCUUUUGCCCUCCCCUUGCAGGACCUCUUGUGCGUGGGUUCAGUGUUAGUAGUAACGCCCUAUUGUUCUGCUGGGAGGUGCCGGCCUGCCCGCGCGACCUUUGUCCCUGCUCUGGCUGACUGUGACCCUUCCUAACCUAGUGCGCGCCGCCCAGGCGCGAAGCUGCAGGCACUGCGAGCGCUCAGAGCCGCCAGCUGACUGCGUCCUUCCUCUGGGCCGACCGACUUGGCCUGUCCUAGCGAGCAGGCCUGGCUCCGCCCCGGCCCUGCGGCGGCUGCCUCGGGAGUAGGUGUGGGGAGCAGGAGGCGCAGUGGGACUGUAUUGUUGUACCCUUGUGUGACACUGUGCGGAAAUGUGUUUCAAGCUGUACUGUAAUUGGAACGAUGUGUUAAUAAAAUACCUUGAAGUUUCUGCUUUCA